AUGAUGUUCCCCAGCCUCAUAGCUCCUCCGGCUGUGUACCCGAGCCUGCUGCGGCCAACUCCUACCCUCACCUUGCCUCAGUCUCUGCAGUCGGCCUUUUCCGGCCAUUCCAGCUUCUUGGUAGAAGACUUGAUCAGGAUCAGCAGGCCCGCCAGCUACCUGCCUCGGAGCGCCCCUCCGCCCAGCCUGUCCCCGCCGGCCUCGGGGGCCAGCGCCGCCCGCACGGACACGGGCGCGGGCGCGGGCACGGGCACGGGCACGGGCACGGCCGAGCUCGGCGGCUCCACCGCCCCUGGCGCUAGGAGGGGCUGUUCGCCGCAGACGUCCGUCUCUUCCAGCAACGAGGCCACUUUCUUGAAGUUUGGGGUCAGAGCCAUCCUCUCCUCCACUCCCAGAACCGAAACCUCCCCUGCUUUGCUCCAGGCCGUCCCUCCAAAGACUUUCUCCUUCCCGUACUUCGAAGGAUCCUUCCAGCCUUUUAUCAGAUCUUCUUAUUUCCCAGCUUCCUCUUCAGUGGUGCCCAUCCCCGGCACAUUCUCCUGGCCCAUGGCUGCGAGAGGAAAGCCCCGCCGGGGCAUGCUCCGUAGGGCAGUCUUCUCAGAUGUGCAGCGCAAAGCCCUGGAGAAGAUGUUUCAGAAGCAGAAAUACAUCAGCAAGCCAGACAGGAAGAAGCUGGCAGCCAAACUGGGACUUAAAGACUCACAAGUGAAGAUCUGGUUCCAGAACCGAAGAAUGAAGUGGAGAAACUCCAAAGAGCGAGAGCUCCUCUCCUCUGGGGGCUGCAGGGAACAAACUUUACCCACUAAGUUCAACCCUCAUCCAGACCUCAGCGACGUGGGCAAGAAAUGUUCAGGAGAGGAGGAGGAAGAAGUGUCACCUCUGUGCCCAGCCAGCCCCCACCAUGCCCUGACCUACCACCAGUCCCCAGAGCACAUACACUUGAGGGACAGACUGGACUCCCAUAUGUCCCCCUCUCCAUCCCACUCCAGCAGCCCCAGCAAACCUUCAGACUUCUCAGACUCAGAGGAAGAGGAUGAUGAGGGGGAAGAGGAAGAGGAGGAGAUCACAGUUUCUUAGAUGCCCUGCCUAC